GGAAUCACAGCGGCGGCGGCGCCCGCGAGCUAAGCGUCAGCGGACCUAGGCCUGUGGUCCGACUCCGAGCUAAGGGUCGGGAUAUGCUUUUUUCCCUGAGGACUUCUUUUGCUGCAUCACAGAAAUUUUGGAACAGCAUUCUGUGGUUCCAGGCUCUCUUCAAAAUCUACUGGUUUCCCUGUCUCAUCAGCUUUCUUCCUCAUUUUAUUUCUGAAGUUUCCAAAAGCCCCAAGUAUGUUUCCAGUGGUUAGAUGAUAAAAGGUAAACCCAAACAAUGGAGGGACUUCUGCAUUAUAUAAAUCCAGCACAUGCCAUUUCUCUCCUAAGCGCUCUAAAUGAAGAGCGUCUCAAAGGACAGCUCUGUGAUGUUCUUCUAAUAGUGGGAGACCAAAAAUUUCGAGCUCAUAAAAACGUCUUGGCUGCCAGCAGUGAAUAUUUUCAGACUUUAUUCACAAAUAAAGAAAAUGAGUCCCAAACAGUAUUUCAACUUGACUUCUGUGAACCAGAUGCUUUUGAUAAUGUAUUAAAUUAUAUUUACUCUUCAUCUUUAUUUGUAGAGAAAAGCAGCCUUGCUGCUGUGCAAGAACUUGGCUACAGUCUUGGUAUUUCUUUCCUUACUAACAUUGUUUCCAAGACGCCUCAAAUCUCUUUUCCAGCAUGUCCCAAUAAGAAAAAGAUAUUUCAAGAAGGAGAUGAAAGUAGCUCUCAAAAAAGAAGUGUUAUUGUUUGUCAAAGCAGAAUUGAAGUACAGGGAAAGCAUGCUAGUCAAAUUCAACAUGACCUAAGCCAUACUUCAAAGCCUUCACCUAGCAUUGCAGUCAAGAAUAAUACUAAUAGACCACAUGUCACAAAACCAAUUGAACCACUUCACAGUUUGUCAUUAAGUGAAGGAAGGUGGCCAAAAGAAAGUUCGUUGGGUUACCCCAAGCUUAUUGAGCCUCCUGCAUCUUCAGACGAUCAGUGUAGAAGUGGUUUGGUAAAAAGAAAUACACUGUUGCCUUCAAAACCUCUACAGGACAGAGAAACUUCAGAUGAUAAACAAGGAAUAUGUAGUCAGCCUUUAAGAGAGAAAGCUAUAGAAAUGUCUUUGAAAAAACCACAGCCACCUGUUUUAUCUCUUUGUAGCUCAUCAGAGGCUCCGUAUCUGUUACAGGAAACUGGCAAAGGAAGCAAUCAAGGGGAAGAUAGAAAUUUACUGUACUACUCAAAAUUAGGAUUAGUGAUCCCAUCUAGUGGACCAGGUCCUAGAAACCAAAGUAUCGACGGAAGUGGCCCACUUGUUAAGAGUCUUCUCCGACGAUCACUAUCAGUGGAUAGUCAGGUUCCUAUGUAUUCUUCAGUUAGUUUGAAAACUUCACAAGGAUCAUCCUCAAUAACAAAUGAUGCACCAGAGAAUAUAUUUAGUGCUGCAUCCCAAAAGUCAUCUUUGAAAGAGUCUACUGAAAAAACAGUACUAGUUGACCAGACACAGGUCAUACACCCACAUCGCCUUAGGUCCUUCAGUGCCUCUCAGUCAUCAGAAAGGGAGAUGGCCUCACCUGUUACAGAGGUACGAAUAAAAACUGAGCCUAGCAGUCCACUUUCAGACCCUUCUGAAAUAAUCAGGGUCACUAUAGGAGAUGCAGCUGCGGCAGUCAAUAAAAACUUUUCUUUUAAGAUAGAAGAUGAUCAAAGUCAUCAAAGUAGAGUUGUAGUAAAAAGGAGAUUUCAAGCUGACCGAAGGUUACCAUUUAAAAAACUGAAGGUAAAUGAGCAUGGUUCUCUUGGAUCAGAGGAUAAUUUUGAAGAAAACUCAAGCCCUACUCACCUAGAUGCUGAGUUCCCAGAUUCAGAUUUUAGUAAAGAUGAAUUUAGUGAGUUGGAAGAAACUAGACCAAAUAGAAAAUUUAAAUGCAAGCAUUGCCUUAAAAUUUUUAGGUCUACAGCAGGUCUUCAUCGUCAUGUUAAUAUGUAUCAUAACCCAGAAAAACCUUAUGCUUGUGAUAUUUGUCACAAACGAUUUCAUACAAACUUCAAAGUCUGGACACAUUGUCAGACACAACAUGGAAUUGUGAAGAAUCCAUCACCAGCUUCUAGUUCACAUGCUAUCUUGGAUGAGAAAUUCCAAAGAAAAUUGAUUGACAUAGUCAGAGAGAGAGAAAUUAAAAAAGCCCUAAUUAUUAAAUUAAGGCGUGGCAAAUCAGGUUUUCAGGGACAAACCAGUUCACAAGCACAGCAAGUCAUCAAAAGGAACUUAAGAUCCAGAGCCAAAGGAGCAUACAUUUGUACUUAUUGUGGGAAAGCAUACCGUUUUCUUUCUCAGUUUAAACAACACAUAAAAAUGCACCCAGGAGAAAAACCACUAGGAGUAAAUAAAAUUACCAAACAAAAAGAACAUGUUCCUCAUGAAAGUUCAAUUGAAAAGGAGGCUUACCAGUGCCACCUCUGCAAUGCUAAGCUCUCGUCUCUUUUAGAACAAGGAAACCAUGAACGAUUAUGCAGAAAUGCUACAGUUUGCCCUUAUUGCAGCCUUAGAUUCUUUUCCCCGGAACUGAAGCAUGAGCAUGAAAGUAAAUGUGAGUAUAAAAAACUGACUUGUCUUGAAUGUAUGCGUACUUUUAAAUCUUCUUUUAGUAUUUGGCGCCAUCAAGUUGAAGUUCAUAAUCAGAAUACCAUGGCUCCACCAGAAAACUUUUCUCUUCCUGUUGUUGACCACAACGGCGAUGUAACUAGUACUUCAAAACUGCAGCCCCAGUCUGAGCCUAAUAAAGUAAAUCAUCUUAUUACCACAAAAGAAGAUGGAGUAUUCAGUGAUUCUUCAGAACAAAUUAAUUUUGAUUCAGAAGACUCUUCAUGUCUUCCUGAAGACCUAAGUGUUUCUAAACAACUUAAAAUUCAGAUCAAGGAAGAGCCUAUAGAAGAUACUCAAGAUGAUGCAUCUGGAACUAAUUUAGCUUCAAAAGAGGCAGUGUGUAAUAAAGACUCUGGUGUAUGGCCAUGUGAAAAGUGUGGGAAAAUGUUUACUGUGCAUAAACAGUUAGAGCGUCACCAGGAGCUUUUGUGCUCUGUGAAACCAUUUAUUUGUCAUGUAUGCAACAAAGCUUUUCGUACUAACUUUCGUCUCUGGAGCCAUUUCCAGUCUCACAUGUCCCAGAAUGCAGAAGAAUCUGUACGUAAAGAGCCUGAGUCAUGCCCACCAGCUCACUCCCCAUCACCACCACCUCUGCCUCCACCAUUGCCCAAAAUUCAGCCUUUAGAGCCUGAUAGCCCUACUGGUUUGUCUGAGAGUCCAUCUACUACUGAGAAACUAUUUGUUCCCCAAGAAUCAGACACACUCUUUUAUCAUGCCCCACCCCUUUCAGCAAUCACAUUUAAAAGGCAAUAUAUGUGUAAGCUUUGUCAUAGGACAUUUAAAACUGCAUUUAGUCUUUGGAGUCAUGAACAAACACACAAUUAACAAUUUAGAGACUCAUCUGUUUAGAAACUGGAAGUUAUUUCCAGAAUAUUUAAGAAGUUCAACCUAAAGAUUCAAACAAGUGGUAAGAGACAAAAAUGGUGAAAAAUAAAGGUUGGAGCUUCUUGGAUUUAAAGAUGAAUGAAACUAAUUCAUGUUAGAAGAUAGAGUUCUAAAUAGACUUCUGAAAAACAAAGUACUAUGGUCUGGGAUCUAAUAGCAGAAUAAUUUAAAUUUAUUAACUUUGGAAUUUUAUCUUAUCUUUAUCGUAUGUAUAGUUCUUCAUUCCAUGAUGUCACUAUAAUUUUCAAAUCUUGGCUGCUAACAGUGAGUUGAAAUUAGCAGAAUACUAUAACCGACUUCUUGUUUUGAUCAUAUUGAACACUCAUAUAUUCUGUUGAAGCUCCAUUAAAUACUUGUCACAUUCUUAAAUAUUUGUCAUGUUCUUGAAGUUAAGUUUAUAGGGAAGAAGUGGAUUUAGUAUUUUGUUGUAUUGAUUUAGGUUUUAGUAUCCUUUAGCAAUAAUAAGUAUAAAUCUCAAUUUUCAUGAGUUAUCCUGGCAUUUAAUAGAAAGAUUUUUAUAUCUUAUAGUCAUGUGGAAUUGGUUUUUUUAUUAUUAUACUAUUCUUGUGCAAAAUUUUAAUGAAGCAAAGGUCAAUGUAGUAAUAGUAAUACCUGAAUUGAUAUGAAGCUGAGAAACUACCAGUCAGUACCAUUAUUAACAGUGGUUAAUUGCUAAAGAAGGCUUCAGAAAUUAAAAUGUACUGCUUAAUAGGAGGAUUUAACAGUUUACAAUAGCUUCAGUAAUUGUAAUAAAACAGUACUCCACUAUGUUGUAAUGUAAACUGUAGCACUCAAAUACAAAGAACAUUUGAAUGGAUUUUCAAAGUUUUGUGUUUCUCAUAGUUUACACUAUUUAUGUUUUUUAAGAUGUAAUGUAGUAGAACUUGAAAUACUGAACCAGAUAGUUAGGAUAAAAAGGAACAUCAUACACAUGGCACUAAUUUUUCAUUAUAAUACUAAUUGUACUUUUGAACAAAAAGUUGGAAUAUGCACAUAGAUAUCAAAUACCGUAAAGUAGGUAGACUCUGUAUUUUAAAAUAACAUAUAUGUUAUAAUUCAAAGUUGGGGGAAAAGCACCAGACUACAUUUUUCCAGAAUGGCAUA